UCAUAUUAAAAAUGUAUAUUAAAGUAUAAAAUACAAAUUUAUGGUUUAAACAAUGUUUACAAAUUUAAAUUUAUUGGAAGGCUAUUGAGAUUCAAAAUUAUUUCUUUAAAUAUUUCACAAAUAUAAAAUAUUACAUUUUUUUUGUAUUUAAUUAAACCAAUUUUUUCAAAAUUUUUAAUGUAAACAAUUGGAAGACACUUACUUGUCAACAAGAAGUAAAUAAAGAUAAGUGUACUCAUGUUUUUAUUAUUAUUUCUCUUGAAAACUAUUUUGAAUAUUAAAAAUAUAAUGGUUUACAUAUAAAAACAUUACUUAUACCUAGGUACCCAAAAACUUAAUACAAUACGAUUGAUCACAAUAUGGACGGAAUUGUUAGUAAAAUCAUAAUUAUAAAAAUACAAAUAUAUUUAAUAUCAUUAAAAGUAAACAUAAUUUUGAAAUUAUGAUGGACAAUAAGUUUUUUUUCAACAUGGUAAACAAUGUAUUGUUAGUAGUAAAAUUUAAUAUUAAGCAUAAAAAUAUAUUUUCUAUAAAAGAAAAUGUGUUAAAUAAUAAGUAAAGAAAUAAAAAAUGUAAUACUGAAUACUUACAUAAAAAUAAAGAUCAUUUAAUUUCAUACAAACUAUAUUAAGCUGUGCCGUACCAAAAUCACCAAGUGAGUAAAAUAAAUGUGUUUAUCUACAUUCUACAAUAAUAUUAGUGGACAAUUUCAGUUUGAAAUGCUAAAUUUACAUAGAUAAAUAAUGUAUUGAAUUUAUUUAAUAGCUACGUAAUCAUUAUAAGUAUAUAUCUAUGUAUACAAUUGUAUUUUUGAUGGAGAUGUUGGAAAAUUAUAAAAAAAAUGUAAAAACUGUAAAUGGAAAUUUCUAAAAAUAAGUGAAAAAAUGCAAAUUAGUAAAAUUUUAACUCCUAAAGUAUUGAAAACACUGAGUUUUAGGAAUUUAAAGAAAGCUGAAAAUGAAUAUUAAAAAUAAAAUCUAGUGAAACUUAGAUGGCUCAGAAUGUACAAUAGGUAUAUAUUAUAAUAUACCUAUACUCUGUCUCUAACUACAAUAUACUGGCUGCCAACCAGUUUUUAAUAGUUUCCGCACAUGUGCUAUAACUGGUCUGCUAGUGGCGACAUAGUGGGGGGAAUAUUGAGCCAAGAAUUUCCGCAGCCGUCAGUCGCAAUGCAAAAACUCGGUGUAUUCUAGUUUGAGACAGAGUAUAUUGUAAUAAUUUAUCUUUUAAACUGCACAUUUUAAAAAAAUUGCAGUCCAAAUUUAUGUUAAGAAUUGUGUAAAUAAACAUUCUGAUUAAUUUAUAAUUAUCUAAGACAAUAAAAAUGUUUAAAUCAACAUUAAGCAUAUGACACUUGUUCUAAUUGUUCAUCUUUAUAAUUAUCAUGAUUGACAAAGUCUCGAUGUAAUGAACAGAAUCGUUCCCCAUACCGAACAAUAGCAACAAUAAUGAAUAUUACAAACAUGGCCAAUAAAAGUAUUAACGGUGAGUAUAUAUGAAACAUGGUUUUUUAUAUGUCACUUUCCUUCUUAUGUAGCUCAACAAAUUCUUGAGGUACACCAGAGUCAUAUACAGGUUUCACUUUAGAAUAGUUUGUCUCUAGCUCUCUGAGAUCUAGUGGAGCUUGUUUCGCAGGUGUUUUUAUCCAAAUAGGAAGUAUAUAACGAUUUCCUGUCAUUCAACAAAAAUAUGAAUUUAAAAACUAAAAAAUUAAUAAUGAUAUUAUUAUAUUGCUUGCCAGUUUCGCUAUUUCUCCAGUAAUGUCUAUGCUUAGAAAAACAACAGAAGAAUAAGUUCAAUACAAGAAGUACAAUAGCAAGUACAGUGCACACAGCUAAUGUUACAUAGAACGAUCGAUAGUCGCUAGGUUCAUGUUGGUCAUACAACGGAUUUCUCAUAUAUUCAGUCUUGUCAUCUAGAACCACUGACAUUCUACAUACAAAACAAAAAUGAAUAAAAAAAAAAAAAAACCAUAAGGCUAAAAAAUAUUUAAAAUAGUUUUACCUGAUAAAUCGAGAUCAACGAAUUCGGUCCACAUUAGAAUUAUUCUGGCUGUACUCUUGUGCAGUGGCAACGCACAAACCACUACAAAAAAAAAUAUAGAUAAAUGAAACUCAAAACAAAGCAAAUAAACAAACUUCGUUUGUAGUCUCCUCCAAUAAAGGCGCCCAACCCAGGACAGGAAUUUUGCUAUCAGUUCUUAGACCGUAAUCUGUAUUAUUGGUUGUUUACGUUGAUUAAAAUCUAUUACUCCAUGAAAUUGAAUAAAUAAUAUGACAUGAUAGUGAAGAUUCUAAUCAUAACAGGUAGCGAUUGAAUAGCUUAAAUCGUGGUUAGGUCGGUUUUGUAGUUUAAUAAUUCAUAAAUAUCAUAAUGUCCCCACUAUAAAUAUUUUAACUUUGUAAAUAUUCUGAAUAUAUUUAAUAUUUAUAAAUAUUAUAUUAAAACGUUAAUAUUUUUAGUGUUUUUACUAUAUUAUUUUGUGAAAUUCUAAAUUCUUAGUAAUGAGUAUUUUGUAUGGCGAUAAAGAUGGUUACUUUCUAUCUCAUAAACUGUUUAUUUCGAAGUUAUAUAAUUCCAUUUUAGAUAAAACCGAAAGUACAGUGAAUUUUUAUGAACAUUUCUUUCAUGUUGAUAAUCCAUUUGUUAGAGACAAACAACAAAUUCAGACUGAUGCUGAGAGUGGUCAAAAUUUAAAACGCAAAAGAAAGCGACCGAAAUUCCAGGUUAUUUUCAUUUUUAAAAUUGUGCAUAUUAUUUGGAAAAUAAUUUUGUAUCAUUGUAUUGAGAUUAAUUUAUACUUACUUAUAUAUAUAUAUUUAAUAUCAAUUCAAAAGAAAAAAUAUGUUAUUAAAAUAAAAUUUGAUUUUAAGGUGUAAAUCUAAUUUACGACCAUAGCUCGUUUUUCGAAAUGUGUGUUUUUUUUUGUAUAUUAAGAAUCUAAAAAGUCAGACGAACUUCAUUAAAAAGUUACAAGGGGAAACGUCAUAAAGUUUGGAUUUUCUGUUUUGCGUAUUUCUUAGGAAGAAGUAAACAUUUAAACAUUUUUUUGUUUCAAAAUAUGUGAUUUUAAUGCUUAAUCCAUUACUAUAAAUUUAAAAAUAACUUGCCCAUCAUAAUUAAUUGUAUAGUUAUUCUUGUUGGUCAAUCUGGCUUAGAUUCUGAGUUACAAACAUUCAAAUAUGCCAUGUUUCACUGCGCCCACUUAGACAAUUUUAAUCAAAAAUAACCCUCGAUUUAUUGUUCAAAACCAUGUUGGGUAGGUUAAAUGUAACAGUGUAAAGUGAAAAACCAUUUUGGGUGCACCUAGAGACCUAGGAGGAUCACUUGAGUUUGAACAUUUGUAACUCUACAUCUAAGCCAGAUAGAUUAAUUCUGACUUAAAUAAAAAAAAUUUUUCAUCAAAAUAUCAAUAAAUACAAAUCAUAAUAAUAAUAAAAACAAUGUCUAUUUUUGACUACAUUUUAGAAUAAUUCCAAAAAUGUUAUUUUUAAAGUUUUAUGUAGAACAACUAUAAAAGUAAGCAUGAUAGGUAAGUUCUGAUUAUACCAAUAGAUUAGGUUUUAAAAAUUACACAGUUUAGGGGGAAAAAAAAUUUGAAAAUGUUAAAUUUUCACUAAGAUAUAUGAAAAAAAGAAAAUGUGAACUUCAUGACAUUUUAUACCAUAACUUCCAAAUGAAAUGUUCUUUAUGUACAGAUGUAUAGGCAAAAACUUAUUUAAAAAAAAAAUGAACUUGGGUCGUAAACUAGAGAUUUUUUCCCUUUUUUUUUAGGAAGAUGAACUCAGUCAAAAAAUCAAAACUUUUAUAUCCAAUUUAAAAAAACACAAUGACAUAUUAUUAUUUUCCAUACCAAUAAAUAUUUGUAAUAAUAAUAAUUAUUGUGCUAGACGUGCUUCUAUAAAGUUUUAUGAAAACACUAGCACGUUGAAAACUUUUUAUGGGAAAAACCAAAAUUCAAACUUGCACAUAGCCAAUGGUUAUGUAUUUCCUCCAAAUUGUCAGUUUUAUUGUGAUAACGUGAUAAAUAUGAAAAAACUUGGAAGCGAAAAAUAUGAUUUAAUUUUAUUGGAUCCACCAUGGACUAAUACUUAUAUUAAAAGAAAAAAGAAAAUUAAACAAGAUGAAGGGUACUAAUGUAAUUUCAGAAAAGUGUUUUAUAAAGUCAUAAUCUUUCAUUUUAUAUUUUCUUAGGUAUACAAUGAUGGAUGAUAGUGAUUUGGCCCAAUUGCCAAUUAGCGAGUACCUUAAUACAAACGGAUUACUUUGUGUAUGGUGCACAAAUUCUCAAAAUCAUUUAGACUCAUUAAAGUCUAUAGUGUUUUCAACGUGGAAGGUCAAAUAUGUGGCCUGUUGGUAUUGGAUAAAGGUUCAUAUUAUGUUUUAAUUAAUUAUUCAAAACUAAAAAUUUAUUCAUUUAUUUCAAUGUUACAAAAUAAAACUUUUACUAAUGAAUAAAUAAACUAGAAAAAAAAAUGAAUAUGUUUACUAAUAUUUAUUUUAGGUAACUAAUUGUGGUGAAUUUGUUUGUAAUUUUACUGCACCAACUGGGAAACAGCCUUAUGAACGUAUAAUAUUUGGAAGAAAAAUUGACUGUGAUACAAAAUUAAAAAAUCCUGAAGAAAACAAAUUAAUUGUAAGCGUUCCGAGUUCAGUACAUUCACACAAACCCCCAUUAACUGGUAAAUAAUAUUUUAUUGUCUUAAUAUAUUUUAUUCUCUUCUUUUCUUCGCCUUCAUCCCAACUUUUUGGGGUCGACCAUCCACAUAUUCUCAAUCACAUCUUUUUUGGUGUUUCUCUCCCCCUCUUUCCUACUCCAUCUAUUGUCAUUACAAUUCUUACUCCAUCUGAUUUGUCUCUCAUGAUAUGCUCAAACCAUCCCAAUCUAUUGUCUCUCAUUUUGUCCACUAUUGAAACCACACCUAAGGUACCUCUCUUAUGUAUGCAUUCCUUAUCCUAUCUUCUGAUGUUACUCCACUUAUCUACCUAAGCAUUCUCAUUUCUGUUUCACUGAUUCUGUUCUAUUUUUCUGUCUACCGCCCAACACUCGUGACUCAUACAACAUAGCUGGUAUCACCACUCUUGUAAAACUUACCUUUAAGUUUCAUUGAAAUCUAGUCAUAUAAAACAUCUGAUGCUUCUCUCCACUUAAUCCUAUGUUUUACAUCUUCAUCAAAGCCCAUCAUUCUUUUGAACAAAAGAUCCUAUGGACUUAAAGCUCUUCAUUUAUUGUCCUUGGGUUUCUUGAUUGAUAUGUCACUUCUAAUUUUCUUCUCUAUAAUUUUUUUCAAUGUCUUCAUACUAUGACUUAUCAAUUUUAUUCCUCUAAUAAAUGUCCACACCAGUAUUUCUCAACCUUUGUAUUUGGAAACACACUAUUAAAAUAUUUCAUACUUUGUGACACAAUAAUAAAAAUAAGAAUAAUAGAUAAUAUUUAUAAUUAAUUGAUAAUGUAAACUUAAAAAAUAACAAAGAAAAAUAUAACAUAAAGCAGCAUUUUAAUGAGAAAUUUGUGACUGAUAUUUCUUACAUAAUGUAUCAAUACGUGGUGAAAUCUUCGACAAGGCGACUCUUAACUCCUCUUCGACAUUAAUUAAUUUUUCCCUUUUUUUGUUUUUAAUUUCGUUCAAUGCAGAAAAAGCUACCUCACACAAAUAUGAUUUUAAAAAUGGUAAUAACACUGAAAAAGCUAUUUUGUCAAACUCUGAUAUUCUUUUUUUAUGUAAAUCCAAAAUUUGCCUAGCUCGAGCUCAUUAAACUUCAUAGGAAGAGUGCGAUCGUUUUUUAAUUUUGUGAGUUCCUCUUCCUCUUUUAAUGAGAGAUGUGUGGUUUCUAAACUAGGAUUAAAUGGAUUCCUCACCCAAUCGAGCAAUUUCAAAUCCAGCGAUGAAAAGUAAUGAUUAAGUUUUUGGUCCAAUGUUAUUGAGUCAUUGAUAAUUAUUAUUUUGUCUGUAAAUUUAGUUUUAGCAGUUAAAGGAAACAUAUCCAAAUUAUUAUCAUUUAUCCUUCUUUUCCAAAUCAAUAAUUUGCCUUUAAAUACAGCCAUUUGUCUGUAGAUAUUAAUACAUUUAGAUUUUCACCUUGCAUGCUCAAAUUUAACUGAUUUAAGUGUUCAAAAAUAUUAACUAUAUUUGCUAGUUUUCAACACCAAAAUUCAUCGCAUAAAUAAUCGGAAUAUUCCAUUUGUUCCAUUGUAAAAUAUACUAAUAGUUCUUCUCUAAGUUUAUAAAAACGUGAUAAAACUUGCCCUUUUGAUAAUCAACGAACAUUUGUAUGAAUAAUCAAAGUAUAGUGGUCAGAUUCCAUUGAUUUGCAUAACUGAGAAAAUAAUUAAAUUUUUUGAGGCCCACUUUUAAUAAAAUUCACCAUUUUUACGACUUGAUCAAGUAUAAUCUUUAAUUCAUUAACAAUACUUUUUGCAACUAAUGCCUCUUUGUGUAAAAAAGAGUGUGUUGUGUUUAUAUUUGGAUUUUGAUUUUUGGCAAUUGUAAUAAAUUCUUUAAUAGAGCCUAACAUUGAAGGCGCUCCACCUGUACAAAUACUUACACAAUAAGUCCACGAUAUACCUUAAUUUAUAAAAUAUUUAUUUAUGAUAUCAAAAACAUCUCGACCAGAGAUUAUUAUUUAUAUAUAUAAAUUUUUAAUAUUUAUUAUUUAUUAUUUAUAAUCAAUUAUUAAAUUAUUUUAUACUUAUGCUAUUUUUUUAUUUAUUUAUUUAGAAAUAUUAAAUCCUUACCUGCCUCCAUUGCCUAAAUGUUUAGAACUGUUUGCAAGAUAUUUAUUACCAAAUUGGACUAGUUAUGGACUUGAAGCUUUGAAGUUUCAACAUCAGUUUUUGUAUGAAAAUUUGGUUUUAGAAGAUUGUUUAUACAACCCAAAAUAAAAUCUGUUUAAAUUUUGUAUGAAAUAUCUAUUAUAAGUAUAUUAGUAAUAAUUCAGUUUUAGUGUAUAAGAAGUUGUUAUAUAAUUAUGAGAAAUUAACUUGCUAUAUUUAUUUUUCCUUUGAUAUGUAAUUAUAUUUCAAUUUUACACACUAAAUAAAUGUGUAAUUACAACUAGCCAUUUACGUCUAUGUGUACUGUACCGUUAAGUAUUGUCUUUUGAAUAAUAAGGUAGGUUAUGAAUGCUCAUUUAAAACUCUAGAUUCUAUUUCAAAGCAAGGAUUGAGAUUUUGCCAAAAAAUUAAUUAUUGAUGAAAGUGUACAAAAACAAAAUAAAAAAUUUUGAAAUAUUCUUUUCCAAUUAACAUACCUUAAACAAAUAUUACGAUAUGAUUAUUCUAAAAUGGAUUACAUGUUUAUUUAGUAUACAAAUUUAAAAAAUUACGCCCUUUAUUUUCAAAAAAAUGUAUGUAUUUUUUUUAUUAUUUUAUUGAAGAAAUUAUACAAUUAAGGUUAUAUUUUUAUUUAAUAGUUUUAUCACAAAUUUUUGUAUCAGUCUGUCAAAUAAAUUGUUACAAUUGAGACAAUGGUUAUCUAUAAUUAGUUGUAGUGUGUGGUUAAGACGCCACAUAGUGUUUACUAUAAAUUUACAGAAAUAAACAACCAAGAGAACCUUAGAUUUCCUAAUAUGUGUCGCCAGUGUACCAAUUAGACUAGAGCAGAUUAAACUUGUAGAAAUAUAUUUUUUCCAAUAAGUGUUAUGGAAAUUAUGAAAUUUCUAAAGUGAGUUUUGCUUAUUAUAAAACAUUAAAUUCAAAUAUAUUUCAAUGUAUAUGACAUACAUAAGUGAUAUUAUGAUAAUACCAUACAUAAUUUGUUUAAAAAUCUGGAUGACGUGAUUCAUUUUUCUAUUAUAACAAGGUUAUACAAAUUAACCUUCGAAAUAACAUUUUAAUUUACACGUAUACAGUCUUUUAUUGAUCAAAUGUGUAUAGAUUAUAGUUAUUAUCUAUAACCAUUAUCAAUUAUUGUGAUUUCUUCUUGACUGUUCUCAACGGUGUAAUUAUUAAUGGCAAUAAAUACACAGCUAGUAAUGCUAAUAUGUGCAAAUAGAACUUGAUGUGCCUGUAAAAAGUAAAUUAAAUAG